AUGUUAGUAGAUGUUGAAAAAGGAGUUCGGCUAUGUUUAUCCGAAACUCUUUUGAAUCUCAUUUGGGCACCAAUCACUGAUAUCAAGGUAUUCUUUCCAACAAAAACUUCUAGCAAGAAAUUAAUUGAAUUCAGGAUAUAAAAAUGUCCGGAAAUUGGAUGUGGGCAGCGAAAUGUGAAGGUGAAGGUGCUAGAUUGGUAUCAGCUGUGGAUUCACUUUGUGAUGCACUUCGAGAUGUUGGAUGUGCAAUUGAUGGGGGAAAGGAUUCUUUGAGUAUGGCGGUUAAAGUUAAUGAAGAAGUUGUGAAGGUGAGCAAGAUUUCAGCUCGUAUUUUUCAUAUUGAACGGAAAAGUAAUAUUGAAAAUUUGAAAUAAAUUAAAUUAGACUCGACUCGACUAUUCUCCAUUCAGUUUUCCCAAUAAUAAAUUAUUUUCCAGGCACCGGGUACACUUGUUCUGUCAGCUUAUGUUACAUGCCCAGAUAUCACUAAAAAAGUGACACCAAAUCUGAAAACUUCAAAAAAUCUUUCCGAUGCUGAUUCUGUGAUAAUCCUUAUCAAUUUCACUGAUUCAAAAUCAAUAAAUCUUGGAGGAACAGCAUUUGCUCAGGUUUAUCGACAAAUUGGAGAUGAAAUUGAUGACGUCACUGAUUUUCAAGAAUUUGUUAAUCGUUUUAAUAAGAUUCAAAAACUCAUUGAAAACCGAAAAAUAUUAGCUGGACAUGAUAUAUCUGAUGGUGGAAUGAUUGUUGGAUUACUUGAAAUGGCAUUUGCUGGAAAUUGUGGAAUUUCAGCAAAUUUCGAAGGUCAACAAGUGGAGGAACUAUUUUCUGAAGCUCCAGCUGUUUUGAUUGAAGUUGAAAAAUCAGAUGAAGCCGAGAUUUUAUCAAUUUUCGGAAAAGCUGCAAAAACAAUUGGGAACACUCAUAAAAAUUUUGGGCCAGAUGGUAUUAUAAAAAUUGCAUUGAAUGGCGAGUUGGUUUUGCAAGAGAAGUUGGUUGAGUUACGAGAAAUUUGGGAAGAACUUGGAGAUCAACUUGGAAAAUAUCAAACUAAUGAAUUAUGUUUGGAACAAGCGAAAAUGGUAGAUUUUUUAGAUUUUAGAUAUUUGAAGAAUGAAUUUAAUUUAAUUUCAGGUUCGAGAAACAACAAAACAAAUUGGAUACAAAUGUGGAUUUGAUUUCGAAUAUGAAGUUGAUUUUAUCAAUGAUCAAACAUAUUUUGAAAAUGGUAAAUAUAUUUCCAAAUUUUCAGAAAUUUUAAGAAAUACCAAGAACCACAAUUAUUGUAACUACUGUAAUAGCAAAAUCCAAAUUGCCACGUUAAAAAUAACAAUUUUCAGGACAACCUGAUUUUUCAUUAAAUUUUUUUUUGAAUUGCCACGUGGCAGCUAGUAAAUCGUAUGUGAACAUUUAUAGUUUCAUUUAAAAUCUAGAGAAAAAUCUGACUUGUCACGUGGCAGAUUCGUUUAUUUUUGUUUUCAGCUCCUCGAAUUGCUAUAAUCCGUGAAGAAGGUUCAAAUGGCGAUAGAGAAAUGGCAUCAGCAUUCACAUUAGCCGGCUUUCAAACUUUCGAUGUAACAAUGAGUGAUUUAUCAUCUGGUCAUACACUUUCACAAUAUCAAGGCGUCGCAUUUGUCGGUGGUUUUUCAUAUGCCGAUGUUCUUGGAUCAGCGAAAGGAUGGGCUGCUGGAAUUCAAUUUAAUGAAAAAAUUCGAGAACAGUUCCAAUUAUUUUUGGCUCGUGAGAAUACAUUUUCAUUUGGUGUUUGUAAUGGAUGUCAAUUGAUGGCAUUAUUGGGAUGGAUUGGUAUGGAAAGUGACGAAGUUGAUGUGUUUUUAGAGGAAAAUAAAUGCGAACGAUUUGAAUCGAGUUUUGGACCAGUUAAGGUGAGAUUUUUUGAAUUUUGUUCGGAGAACAACAGAGGAAUCCUGAAUUUUUAUAUUGCUAAAAAUACUCAAAAAAAGUCAACUUUUUAAAGUUCACCUCAACCUAUAGGUUUUGUAUACAAUUUAAACUUCGGAAAUAUUUCAGAUAUCUGAAAACAACAAAUCAAUAAUGCUUCAAAACAUGGAACACUCAAUCUUAGGACUUUGGUCUUCUCAUGGCGAAGGUCGAUUCACCUACAGCUCCCCCAACAUUUUGCGAAAACUUGAAGAAAAUGGCCAAAUUUGUGUUCGUUUUGUUGACGGAGAUGGAAAAAGUGCAAAAGAUUAUGGAAAUAAUCAAAAACAUCUACCAUAUCCAAUGAAUCCAAAUGGAUCAGAAAGUGAUGUUGCUGCUAUUUGUAGUCAAAAUGGUAGACAUUUAGCAAUGAUGCCACAUUCGGAUAGGUAAGAAGGAAAACGAGUUUAACUGGCAACCGCCGUUUCAGAAAAAAAUUACGAAAAGAGGGAAAUCAAGGCAAAAAACAUAUAUUCAUAGUUUUUUGGUGUUUGGUGAAAAGUUUUUGAGAUUUUUGUUUUUGUCAUUUCUAUUCUCGAGAAUUUGCUAUCUUUUGCAGCAAAGAUUGUGAAAUUUGGUUGAGUAUGAAGAAUUUUAGCAUUUUUUGUCAAAAAACGAAAAAUGUUUUUGGGCUCGCACAAAAUUCACAAACGUCGUGUUGUCUGGCGUUCUCUCUUACGAGUUUCUAUCUCUCAUUUUCUCUCCUUUUCUCCUCGUCUCUUCUAGGCGUAACACUCUCUCGUUUAUUUUUUCAAUUCGUUUUUUUUUCGUGAAAUCAGGAAAUUUCACGACUUUCACCAAGAAUGAGAAGAUAGAGAAAGACAAGGAAAUAACAGAAAAAUAGAAUAAUUAAAUUAAAUUAAAUUAAUUUUUUCAGAAGUUUCCUGUCGUGGCAAUGGCCAGAUUAUCCAUUUUCAAAUUCAAAUUCAUCUUCAAAUUUGUCUCCAUGGAUCAAAAUGUUCCGAAAUGCCUAUGAUUGGUGUAAAACUCAUUAG